UUGCGAGUAUGUGAUAAUAAGACGUGAAUCUAUGUUAAUCUGUUUUAUCUUCAGCGUUAUACAUUAUAAUACCGAACGAAAGAGCGAGCUUUCGGAACACCUCGGAAAAGUAUCGUCAGUUUUUUAUUGCGGGUGCGAUAGAAUGGUGGGGGAUUGCUGUAACCAAUGAGCCCGCAAAAAGCGGCUCCUGCGCGAUGCGCGUGGCGCGCUGCGCCGCAUAAUCUUGCGUAUCAGUGAUCGGCAGUGCCAUCCAGAAGGCAGUAGGUUACGGGUUAUAACGUGGUGAAAUUUAAGGAGUCCUUAUUGGUGCAAUUGGUGAAAAAGGAACGUGUGAGGGGAUAGAGGGCACACGAUAGUAGGUGCACGAUACUCGCGAGUGUCGGAAGGUCUAGUGCCGAGCCAUCAUGGCGAAUCCACGAAAGUUCAGUGACAAGAUCGCGCUACACAAACAGAAGGAAGCACAGGAAAGAGCGGCGUUCGAGGCUAUCAUGCGAGAAGUUUCGGAUUACACAAGCAGAAUCCACUCGGCGAGCAGCUCGGUGUGCGCCAGCCCCACGGGGUCCGGGGUACUGGAGACUCCUUUGUCCGUGAAGAGUGCCGGCGCCAGCCCACCGCAGUCCAGCGGCAAACACCUGCACAUUAACCUGGGGAAUCAGUUCAGGGCGGGUGGCUCUCUGCCGAACGUUAACAACAACGCGAAUUGCGCCAAUGACGCGAAACAACACGCAUCGUCGCACAACGCCGCUAUCCACUCGAUCGACCUUAAGGAUCCGCCGUACCGCAACAACGAGAGGGGAAGGAGCAUGGGGGUGGGGCCGAUGCGGUCGCGGCCCAUGGAGAAGAGGCACGACACCUCGCCGUACAGUGGUGUCCCGUAUCUGUCGCCACCGCCCCCGGACACGUGGAGGAGAACCAAUUCGGAUUCGGCCCUCCAUCAGAGCGCCAACGAGGCCUGCCAAUCGACCACCACCAUCCCCCAUCGGCGAGAUCAACACACCAUAAGCGGAUCCGGGAGCGAGAACAGAAACUUGCAUUACGGAUUCAUCGAACGGCCGAGAUCCUCCUGCGAGAUACCCCGAGUGCCUGGAAACAACAUAGAUCCAAGCUCUCAGCCGGCGGGGCAGCAGAUUCCAAUAGGCAACACGCGAUCGUUGCCCGACCUGGCCCAUUUCCAGUCGGAUCAAGAGGAUCACUCGAGCAGCACGCCGUUCAGCAACAACCAUUUAUCAGUGCCUGUUAACUCUAGGUUUCUUCACACGUGUAAGGGUGUGGCGUUGGAAAACAGCACAAGUACUUCGCAACAGGAUCUUCAGAGCUACUCGCAACAAGCAGCGAUGGGCCAGCCACCGGCGGCGACCACCCACAGCCCGGCCGGCCACCACUACAUUUAUCAGCAACCGCACAGCCCUGUGCCACCGCAAAGUCCAAAGUCGUCGCAAACGCAGCAACCGCAGCUCAACUCGUUGGGCUCGUACAGGUCCUCGCAGCAGGUGAACAGGCCGUCGCCCCAGUCCUCGCCCGGGCUAACGAUUCAGGGGAGCCCGUUGAGCUACAGCAACAAUCCAUCGGCGCCUCCCAGCCCGACGGGUCAUCCAGGUCCACCGAACUUGACGUCGGAGAGCAUCGACCAGAACAGUUACUUCAUGAACCAGGCGCAGGCGGCGGCGCUUCAACAGGAUUUCGAGCAGUUCACGAUGGGAGUGGAUUGGCCGAAAUUCGCGCAGCAGCUCAUGGAACUUGGUUGCACCUGGAGCACGCAGAUAGAGGUAAAAAAUGAAACUCGUAAGAAUUCGAUGGAAUCGCGUUUGCAGAACGACACGAUGAACGUCGGCGGUGAAUUAGGGAGCGGGGACGCGGGUUACUUCAGCACGAGCCCCCAGGUGCCGUAUCAGCCUACGACCACGAGCGCGACGAGCAACAACACGACCACCACCCAACAGCUCACCCCGCAGACGCCCAACACCCCAACGAUCAUCCUCACCGAUUUCUCCGGGGCGGACGAUCUGACGAAUCCUGAAUUCGUGAAGGAUCUUGGCUCGGCGAUGAUGGCCGACUUCGACCCGGACAUCUUCCCCUCGGACGACGCGCUGAGGCAAGGCCUCGACCCCAUCGACAUGGACGGUCUACAAAUGCUCACCGACCCGACCAUGGUCAUAUCAGAUCCCAGCGCCGAGGCCCAUUUCAGGCGGGAUCGACUUUAAGGCGAGCGAGAAAGAGAGAGA